AUGGGUGGAGGCCACGCUGGAGGCGCAAGCCCUUAUGCUGCAAAACAUCGUCAAGCACUGCAGGGCCAGUCAGGAUGGGCAGGCCUUGUCCAUAAUCGCAGAAUUUUUGCCAACGCAGUCUUCGCUUCUCUGGGUGGUUUGCUCUAUGGUUAUAACCAGGGUGUAUUUUCCGGCGUCUUGAGUAUGUUUUCAUUCGACCAGCGGAUGGCGGACGCCAUCUCCAAUCCUGGAACCAAGGGUUGGCUUGUAUCUAUUUUAGAACUGGGAGCUUGGGUCGGUGUUCUCUCUGCCGGGUAUUUGGCUGACAAGCUCUCCCGCAAAUACACCAUCAUGCUUUCUGUCGGUGUAUUCUGUGUCGGUGUCGUCGUUCAAACUGCGGCAUUCCAGCCCUCGUCGAUAUAUGGUGGGCGUUUUAUCACUGGUCUUGGUGUCGGAUCGCUCAGUAUGACGGUUCCUCUGUACAACGCCGAACUUUCUCCUCCUGAAGUCCGUGGCAGUCUGGUUGCCCUGCAACAACUUGCUAUCACCUUUGGUAUUUUGAUCUCCUUCUGGAUCGACUACGGUACCAACUAUAUCGGUGGUACUGGAAGCGGGCAGAGCGAGAUUGCAUGGCGCGUUCCAUUGGCCAUGCAGCUUGUUCCUGCUAUCAUUCUAGGCGUUGGUGUGAUUUUCAUGCCUUUCUCUCCAAGGUGGCUUGUCAACCAAGGUCGCGAUGAAGAGGCUGUCGCCGUCCUUAGCAGGGCUCGCCGCCUUCCUCCGGACUCUGACCUCGUCCAAAUCGAGUUCUUGGAAAUCAAGGCCCAGUACAUCUUUGAAAAGGAAAUGAAUGCUUUGAAGUUCCCUCAAUUCCAGGAUGGGUCGUUCUCAUCAAAUUUCAAGCUCGGUGUUCAUGCCUAUAUGAGCUUACUCACCUCGCGCACUCUCUUCUACCGUGUCGCUGUUGGCUCAAUGACCAUGUUCUUCCAGCAAUGGACCGGCGUUAACGCCAUCUUGUACUACGCGCCCAGCAUCUUCGCUGAUUUGGGUUUGACGGGCAACGCAACUAGUCUUCUCGCCACGGGUGUUGUCGGCAUUGUCAUGUUCCUCGCAACUAUCCCUGCCGUCAUUUGGAUCGAUAAGGUUGGCCGUAAGCCAGUGUUGAUCUCUGGUGCUUUCAUCAUGGCUAUAUGCCAUCUUGUCGUUGCAGUACUGACCGCGUUGUAUCACGAUUCUUGGUCAUCACACCCUACUGCUGGUUGGGUGGCUUGCGCUUGCGUUUGGGUAUUCUCAGUCGCCUUUGGUUACAGUUGGGGUCCGUGCAGCUGGAUCCUUGUUGCUGAGAUUUGGCCGUUGAGUAUACGUGGCAAGGGUAUUUCUAUUGCUUCAUCGUCCAAUUGGAUGAACAAUUUCAUUGUCGGCCAAGUAACGCCAUCAAUGCUAACUCAUAUUGGCUUUGGGACAUUCGUGUUCUUUGGCUCUUUCGCCCUCCUCGGCGGCUUCUUCAUCAUGUUUUUCGUACCCGAGACCAAGGGACUCACUUUGGAAGAAAUGGACGAUGUAUUUGGAGACCGUAACGGUCUUGCUGUUGCGGAUCAACAACGCCAGAACGCCAUUGCGGACCGUAUUGGUUUGACCGCCUUUGGUCACCACAAGGGCGGAUCUGACAAUGAAAAGAGCAGUCACGAGCUCUUCGACGAUGAGGGAAAAGCUUAA